GCAGCAGCAGCAGCUCAUAGUGCUCCUCAUAGUAGCACACACACAAACACGCUGACCACAACCACCAUUGAUGCUGUCUCAACGACCGUAAGUGUACCCCCUGUUCCGCCUUCACCCCUAAACUACGAGUCACCAUCAACCAGUGAUCAAAAGAAGGAAGACGCAAAUGUUCUUGACGCCAUUUUGGAUGAGCUCACCUCAGAGCAGAAUUCGCCAUCGCAACGCAAACGCGAAACCAAAUCAAUGUCGCCCAGUAUUCAUGGUCCUACUCCACCGUACUAUCCUCAGGCUUCACUACAUCAACAACGAAACGAACCACCCAAACCUCCGGAACGCCAAAUCAAAGGUGAUAUUCGUACACGCUAUACACCAUCUCAAUUGCAACAACUCCAGCGUCAUGCUGCGACAAUCUACGCGAAUAGCACGGCCAAUAGCACAAACACCAACGAUAGCGCCAGCCACACCAAUAGUUUCGGUGACCGCAAUCCCGCAUCUGGUGCGAACACCAACACUACUACCCUACCACCACAACACAACAAUUCAGGAUUCAAUUCUGCUGGAUACUAUAAUCAGUCGCAUGCUUCCGCAACUAACGGAACUGCUAUUGGAGCCACAGGUAGGGCAACGCCAACAUCUCAUUCGGCAGCAACCCUGCCGAAUAAUAGUACGAACGGCAGCAAACCUGCAGAACGGUCAAUGCAAAAGCCACCAACUCCAAUUUCAAGCAUCGACGCACUUGGGGUUAGUGACCCAAGCACUCAUGGCACAUCGUCAAAUGAAUCGAUCAAUUCGCAAGAAGGAACCCGUUUAAUGAGUGCCGACGCCAUCGAGGAACGUCAACACGAGCUGGCCGCUAGACAGCAACAACUCUACAGUCAAUUCGAACAGCUCAGACAGAUGUGCCCCUCAUCUCCAACAAAUGUAUAA